CUGUUUAUGUUGUUGGUUUUAAGUAUACUCCCCAUUAACACAGAGAAAGCACUCCAGUGCAUACAUGUUUAAUAAGUUGACGAUUGCAUCUUCUAACCCGUCAGUACGGAGUGCCAGUGCUGGGAUAUAAAUGCAGGUUUAAUUGUGUUACUUGUGUCGUGGUAGUGAUAAUGUAGCCUGAGUAGCCGUCGCUCGUUACAGUUUCUUUACUCGGUUCAUGUGCCCCCGAUUAGCUAGUCUAGUGAGAAUCUAAAACUAGGAUGUACCACAUAAUUAUUACAACACUUUAUUAGUAUAAUAAUAGUUACAAUAUAAAAUCUAUGUGAGAAAUUAUCUGACAACCACCUCUACGUGUAUCGCUUUCUAUUCGCUGUCAUAUCAGUAGCAGCUAGGGACCCUAUGUCGAUCACAGUAAAUGAAAACAAUCACUUAGCAGAGUUCCCAUGCUUUUCCCAGGGUUAUACUAAUCCAUUUUAAAUAGUUUUGCCAGCUUUUAAAAUUAGCUUGACCAUGCUUUCUUACACUUUGCUCUGCUUUUACUAGAGGAAGCAUUUAAAAAGGAUAGGUUGAUUUCACAGUCAUACACGUCUUGUAAAUGCAGGAGUUCGUGUGUACUGAAAUGUACCAUUGCCUUUCUGUGGAAUACAAAAUGCAGUUCCUUAAGAUGUUUACUCUACAGCUUCUAACACUAUUUGCUGGACUGUGCACGCACUAUAGGAAUGGCAUUACAGCUUUGUAAUGAUUUAUUCACAGAGGAUACAAAAUUGUACUUGCUGACUGAUGUUCAAUUUGCAAACGGUUUAGCCAUGCCCGAGAAGAAGUGACUCAUAACUACUAGAGCGCUGGGCAGUGUGUCGGGGGAGGACCACGGCGAUGAAGAGUUGAGGUCCAGUCUGCAGGGUGGAUGGUAAAGCUACUUCUUGCCCAUCAGAAGGCCAAGGCUGUUGGGCCCCAGGACUCGGAAGACCAGGCCACAAGGGGGCACAGCUACCAGUGUAGUCUACAGCAGAAAAUGGAAAAGAUGGCGCGUGUGACCACGGCUCUGGGCAGCAACACCAUCAGUGGGUGCACCAUGUUCUGCCACCUGGACGCCCCCGCGAAUGCCAUCAGCGUGUGCCGUGACGCCGCGCAGGUGGUGGUGGCCGGCCGAAACAUCUUCAAGAUCUAUGCCUUGGAGGAGGAGCAGUUCGUGGAGAAGCUAAACCUGCGCGUGGGCCGCAAGCCCUCCCUCAACUUCAGCUGCGCCGAUGUCAUGUGGCAUCAGAUGGACGAGAACCUGCUGGCCACAGCGGCCACCAACGGCGCGGUGGUCACGUGGAACCUGGGCAAACCAUCCCGCAACAAGCAGGACCAGCUGUUCACGGAGCACAAGCGGACUGUCAACAAGGUCUGCUUCCACCCCACUGAGGUGUACAUGCUGCUGAGCGGCUCGCAGGAUGGCUACAUGAAGUGCUUCGACCUGCGCAAGAAGGGGUCAGCCAGCACCUUUUCAGGGCAGUCCGAAAGUGUGAGGGACGUGCAGUUCAGCAUCCGGGAUUACUUCACUUUCGCUGCAUCCUUUGAGAACGGGAACGUGCAGCUGUGGGAUAUUCGGCGCCCUGAUCGAUAUGAGAGGAUGUUCACCGCGCACAACGGGCCGGUCUUCUGCUGUGACUGGCACCCUGAGGACCGGGGCUGGCUGGCAACAGGGGGCCGUGACAAGAUGGUUAAAGUGUGGGACAUAACGACGAACCGCGCCAAGGAGAUCCACUGCGUGCAGACCAUCGCCUCGGUGGCGCGGGUGAAGUGGCGGCCGGAGCGCAAGUACCACCUGGCCACCUGCUCCAUGAUGGUGGACCACAACAUCUACGUGUGGGACGUGCGCCGGCCGUUCAUCCCCUUCGCCACCUUCGAGGAGCACAAGGAUGUCACCACGGGCAUCGUGUGGCGCCACCUCCACGACCCCGGCUUCCUGCUCUCAGGCUCCAAGGACAGUACCCUCUACCAGCACAAGUUCAAGGACGCCAGCCGGCCCGUGGACAAGGCCAACCCAGAGGGGCUGUGCUUCGGGCUGUUCGGGGACUUGGCCUUCGCGGCCAAGGAGAGUCUGAUCAGCGGCGGUGGUGACUCCAACCGCAAACCGUACGGGGGCGGGGGCGACCGGCGCUACCCCAUCUUCUUCUUCAAGAAGCCCGACCUCACUGAGCAGUUCGCCCACGUGUCGAGCGCGCUCAGCGUCUUCGAGACUGACCUGGAGAGCAGCCGCAUGGACUGGUUCGUCAAGACCGCCCGCCGCUACCUGCUGAGCGGCAAGCCCUUCGGGGAGCUGUGCGACCACAACGCCAAGGUAGCCAAGGAGCUCAAUCGACCCCAGGUAGCGACAACCUGGACUAUGCUGAGGAUUAUGUAUUCAGAUCCAGGGAGCCUCACUACAGCCACAGGCAUUAGCAAAGGGGGAUCUAUACCUCUCAUGAACAGCUUCAAUAUGAAGGAGAUUGCAGCAGGCGGUCUGGGGAGCGAGGGCAGGCUGGAUCGGGCAAAAGGGGAGACUCGGCAGGACAGCACCCACCUGGACCCAGGAAACUCCCUACUCAACAACAACGACGAGAAUGAGGAAACGGAGGGCAGUGAGGGUCCGGCAGAUUACCUCUUUGGAGACGCGGAGCUAGAGGACGAUGACCUAUACCCGAUGGAGAACGAGAACGCGACGGCGGAGGAGGCAGAGUACAUCCUGCCCCAGGAGGCGUUCCCUCUGCGCCACGAGAUCAUGGACAACCCCUCCGUGCCAGAGCACCUGCAGGACAAGGUGGACUCGCCCCACGUGAGCGGCAACGAGGCGGAGACGGUGUGCCUGACCCCCAUCAAGUCCUUCUCCCUCAUCUCCAUCUCCCAGCCCCUGUAUGAGAGCCACCUGCCGGCCAGCUUCUUCAGCCCCGUGGUGCGUGAGAUGCUACAGCACUACGCCGAGGCCGGCGACGUGCAGAUGGCCGUGUCCGUGCUCAUCGUCCUGGGAGACCGCAUCCGCAAGGAGGUGGACGAGGUCACUCAGGAGCACUGGUACACGUCGUACAUUGAUCUCCUGCAGCGCUUCAAGCUGUGGAACGUCUCCAACGAGGUGAUCAAGCUCAGCACCAGUAGUGCCAUCAACUGCCUCAACCAGACCUCCACCACCCUCCACAUCAACUGCAGCAACUGCAAGCGACCCAUGAGCAACAAGGGCUGGAUCUGCGACAGGUGUCACCAGUGUGCCAGUAUCUGCGCCGUGUGUCACCACGUGGUGAAGGGGCUCUUUGUCUGGUGCCAGGGCUGCAGCCAUGGGGGGCACCUGGAGCACAUCAUGAACUGGCUGAAGAGCAGCUCACACUGCCCGGCCGGCUGCGGGCACCUGUGUGAAUACACCUGAGAGUCCGCUGAGGCACCGGUCACAUUGAACUCCGCCCAAGGGCAUUUGGAAACUCUAGCAGAAAGGAGAGGUCUUUUCACAUAAGGCUGAAAGAAAAUGAAGUACAGUGUACGUUUGGAAGUCAAACAGAAGUUUUCAACAACUAAAAAAAAAAAAAAACUUUUUUUUUUUUUCUUUUUAACCAGUUGGGUUCACUUUACCACAAACCAGAAUUCCCAGACUAUAUUUCACUCCAAGUACAAAAAUAAAUAAAACAGCACUGCAGUAAUAAGGGACAAUGUAUAUACAGUGUGUACCUAGGAGACUUUAACUAAACACAAAGCUAUAUAUUUCUAGUUUCAAAACAUGAAACAGUUUUUCUUUUUUUUUUGGGGAGGGAGUUCCCAACACUGCAUCUGUCUUUCAGAUAACUGGCUUCUGUCCAGUCCUGGGAGCUCUCGUGGUUUACCUCUACUCUCCCUGGAACACAGUGCGUACACACACACACUCUACACAGGGAGGGAGCUGCCUAAUUUUACAAUAAUGCCACAUUUUUAUUGCAGUUUGUAACGAGCCCCUGCUACACUUUUUCAUAAAGACUUACAGUUCCAUAGUACUUGGAUUGAGCCUGGAUUUGAACCCGCAUCCCUGUUCUCCCUGGUCCUGAAUGCUGCCUCUGCUUCCCUCCCAAACUCUUAUCUCUCAGUAUGAAAUCACAGCCAGCAAUCUGGGGAAACAAACAGUUGUUUGAGUCCCAAAUGCUGAACCUUCCACUGAAUUUUUUAAAGUCCAAAAUGCCUACGAUAGCCAGAUAUCACAAAGGCAGCAGCAGCUUCUGUAGGAGAUGCACAGUAAGAGGACAGAUCUGAGAGCUGGCAUCUCUUUAACCUGCACCAGUAAACUUCAGUGCUCUGCUUUCCUAUGCACACCUCUGUAUUGUCACCCUCAACCAAUAUAAUAUAAUGUAUGUCUAUGCCUGUAUUUGAUUUAUGUCUCAGAGAUUAUAGUUACUUUAGUCUUUCUGUAACGCUAAAUAGUUCUGGAAGUGGGCAAACAAAAAGCAUCCGCAACCCUGCGAUUUUUAAGGUUUUUGGACAGUUAUGUUAAUAACUAAAACGUGCGUUGGAUGCAAGUAGUGGCCGUGGGUAAACGAGUUUGGAUGUUUUGUUCGUAACAUUUUUCAUAAAGAGGAAGGAGAGCUUUUUUUAAUUUUAUUUUUCAUAGAAAUGCAAAUCCUUUCAGAAGAGAACUUUGGACUGACUGUCCUGGUGCUUGCAGUGUUUAUUCUGUAUAUCUGUAAUUGGGUUUCAGUUCAGAUAAGAUCACACAUUGUCCGUCUCUCACACACAUACACAUACAAGAAAAGGGUUAUUUAAAGAUUCAGGAGUCCCUGGUUUUCUUGAAGUCUUGGAUUACUAGAAGAGAUGGUUCCCUGUGGCCGAUAUGUAUUUUAACAAUAAUAAAAAGUAGUCUG